AUGGUCUCGUCACGCAAACGAAAUAUACAAGAAGCUGAAGCUGAAGCUGAAACGAUGCAACGGAAUGGGCCAUCAUUGCUGCAUCGCAUUCGAAAUCAGUGGCAGUUUGCCAAUUUAUGCCAGUGGAUCUAUCUUUUUGGCAAGGUCGUCAAGAUAGAUGACAACUUGGAUACCGAGGAUAUCGAAGCUGAAUGCCUCAAACCAAACGCUCCUAUCCUCCAAGACAUAGGUCUAGCUCUACUGAAGUUUAUAUCCUCGCACCGAGGGCUAACACACGAACUUUUCGACGAGUAUACGAGACGCCAAUAUUUAGUCAGAGCCCCGGAGAAGAAUCCAUUUGGCACAGAUGAGAUUCCUAGUAAAUUCGCCGAUUUCGACGUCUUGACAAAGAUACGUAUCCUCCAACAACUAACACAAUGGGUUAUUGCUCGGCCCGAGCGCGUCAGAGAAAAGAUGGAGGAACAGAAGGACAUCGACCAGACGAGCUGGCGGAUAGAACCCAUCGGCUGGGACAGGGACGACCGCACCUACUUUGUCCUCGAUGACAAUAGGAUUUACCGCCUCACCGAUGCUCCUCCGAAACCUCAUCCCCCGAAGAAGAAAUUGAAGUCGACCAAGUAUGGCUCUCGUUCGAACAAAAGACGACGUAUUUCAACAGUAAAUGACACUGGAGACCCCGAUGUGUCAGUCAAUGAGUCUGCCGAUGCUGCCGGCUUUAUUCCAGAGCAAGAUGGUCUUGGCGAUAUGAAAUGGGAAUGUGUUGCUGUGACUUUGGAUGAAGUACAAGGACUCAUCGCCUCAUUUCACAAGACCAGGGAUGACAACGAGAAAAUCCUGCGCGACCAGCUCCAAGAGCAUUUACUGCCCAUCCUGGAAAAGCAAGAAGAGUCCCGAAAACGCAAGGAGCUUCAACGAGAGAAAGAACUCUUAAAUUUAACUAAAAUGGCGAAUGCGAAACGAUCAAGCCGGAUUGCUAACAAAGUGGAACAACAAAAGCAAGAAGAGAAGGCCCAGGAAGAGGCGCAAGUCUUGCAAGCCCAGCAAGCCGCUGCAAAAAAGCAGGAGAAUCAACGACUUAAGCUUGAGAAAGAACGGGACUCGAGGUUGUUGUCACGUGAAAGGCGGCUUAGAGAACGAGAAGCCCGCCGGGUUCAGCACGAAAGGGAGCUUUCCCAGUUGUCAGAGGAUAACCGCAGUGGCUCAGGUCGUGUAUCAGAACGACGGCUACAAGCGGAGAUCGAAAGAAACAAACGUGCCCUUCAGGAGCUUGAUGAUGAAGAGGAAGAAGAUGACUGGAUCUUUGAUUGUAUUUGUGGUGUUUAUGGUCAGAUUGACGAUGGUACACACAGUAUUGCAUGUGAGAAAUGCAAUGUAUGGCAACACAGCAAAUGUGUUGGCAUUGGUGAGAGCGAGGCCGAGCGGCCGGAAUUUCACUUUGUCUGCCAGACAUGCAGACGACGUGCUGAGGAGGCGGUCACGAAACCACGGACGACUAUUAAACUGAAAGUCAAUCGAUCGACCUCCCUCUCGCCACCACAGAUCAACCAGCUUGCUAAAGCAGGCAGCCCUCAGUCACAUAAAGGGUUUGUACAAAAGAGUGCAUCACUUUGGCAUCCAGUUGGCGGAUUGAACGGAGCUGAAGCCACAGAACCUCUUCAAGAAGGCAUUCAAGAUUCACAGACUGUUCAACAUAUGCUUGGCUGGCAAGCUGGUAAACCAGCCACGAAUGGACAUGACGCUCUUGAACUGUCCAGGCCAUAUAACCAGCCCAGUGAAACCCCAUUAGCAAAAGAAGUCAAACCAGAACCCACGACCCCUAGGGCUGACGACGAAAAUGCCAGCGGCAGGCCCCCUCAGCUUCUCAACGGUAAGCCUUGUGCAACUGGCCAUGACACGUUGCCUUUAAGUCCUACUCGUCCAAGGACAACGCCUGGCCCUCACGAGGCCACAUCUCCUAGGCCCGGGGGGUCCAAUUUGAUGGCCACUCCCAUUAUUAGUCGUGAGCACGGAGUUCCAGGUUCAACUCAAUCCUCUUCUACUUUGCCCUCUGCUGAAGGGGGACUCUCCCCAACCAAGCACUCGCCCCCUUUACCUCGUCUGAGUACCGCCAGUAUAAAGACACCUGCGCUUCCUGCUGUAUUGCCACCUGUCGCGACGUUAUCGCCGUCACCUCGACAGCAGAUCCUAACGCCUCCAAUCAAGCCUAUGGACCCAGCUCGACGGUCGCAACUACCAGGGGCAGCUCAUGACAACCUCUGA